CAGCUUCAUCGUUGGUGUUUGGCUUGCUCGAAAAAUAUCCAUAUGUCCUCUCAUAGAUCCAAGCAAAGUAGAUAAUCCAGAACCAGCUUGUAAAAGUAGUUAAGAGAGAUGGGUGCUAGAGUUUUUCAAUGUUCCAUUUUAUUCAUAUUUAGUCUUUUUUGCAUUUCAGAUUCAGGCAUUGCCGAGAAAUCUCCUCCAGAAGCAAUCCUGCAAAACCAAAAACUGGACCAUCAAGAAAACCAAACACUCUUCACAUAUUUAAAUUUGACAACCCAAAUUGAUGACACUAUUCCAAUUAUCAUCCCAACACCACCAACUACAACAACUCCAACCAUAGCAACAAGCCCACCACCACCAAUGUCCACAACUCCGACAACAACCACCCCUGCAACAAACACCCCUGCCUCAUCGGGUGGGGCUUGGUGCAUUGCAAGCCCAACAGCUUCGCCAACCGGUUUACAGGUAGCUCUUGACUAUGCCUGUGGCUAUGGAGGUGCAGAUUGUUCAGCAAUUCAACCGGCUGGGAGCUGUUAUAACCCAAACACGGUUCGUGACCAUGCUUCAUAUGCCUUCAAUGACUACUACCAGAAAAACCCAAUUCCCACUAGCUGUGUUUUUGGAGGAGUGGCACAGCUUACCUACACUGACCCGAGUACAGGAAACUGUCACUAUGCAACACCCAUUGUAUCAUCUAGCACAAGUUCAUCAAACAGUCCUCCCACCCCAAUUUCAUCAGCAUAUCCAGGCACCCCAAGUGAACCAACAGAUUAUGGUUCAACUGAACCAACGGGGAGCCCAAACUCAGCAGACUCCGCAAUGCACAACUUAAUGCUGCUUUUCGCGGCAACCUGUCUCUCAGUUUUUGCAGCAAAUUCUCUCUAAAUUGAUGGGAGCAGGGUCCAUUUUUCUCUCUCGGCUCGAUCACCAACACACAUUGCAGUGUUUAAGCGAGCACUGAGAAUUAGAAGCAAGAUAUGUGUAGGUUUCAAGCCCUCAUUUUCACCAUGACAUCAUUUCUAUGUUUCAUCUGUUUAAGUUCAACCAAGAAGAGCUAGUGGAUAGUGAAGAAGAGCAAAACAAUCAAGUUGUUUUUUUUUGUAGCCUACUCUUUUUGCAGUAAACAAAAUAAUUUUUU